ACUACUUUCCUCUCCUCCCGCAGGAAAUUUUCCUGCGUCUCUGACGGAUUAUCUCACGUCAAGUUGUGACAUGACAUUCAGCGGCGGCCGCUGAGCUUCUGUGCAUACUUGAAUGCUCGAGACUUCAGCAAAAAGCAAAGGUUAUUCUAACAUUCAGCUAAGGUGGGAGGGAGAGUGAGGGCCUCUGGCGCUUUUCCAGCAGCACAAGCACGAUCCGGAUAACCUCUCUCCGAAAGCCUUUUCAAGAAGCAGGUUGUGUAGAGAUCGAUCAUUAUCCAUUAGAUCUUAACUACUUGAUAGACCUACCGUCACCUAGUAGACUAAACUCUAAGAUAGUGCACCAUCUUUCCGAGCCGCCAUGGCGGCCAGGACAAUCCCCACAGCUAGACAUGCCUCCCUCACCCUCCUCCUCCUCGUCGCUUCCUCCGCUCUUCCGCUCCGCGCCUCCGCGAGCCAGCUGGGCGACGGCUAUUGGUUCGCGGUGGGGAAUCAGAUCCUGGACGAGGCGGGCCGCGUCGUGAAAUUCUCGGGCGUCAACUGGAACGGCUUCGACGCCGCGAAUUGCGUCGCGGACGGGCUAUGGGCGCGGGGGCUCGGCGAAUACCUCGACCAGAUGGCGUCGCUCGGGUUCAAUCUCAUUCGCCUGAAUUUCGCCACGUCGUGCAUUUCGCCGUCCAUUCGCCCGUCCGACGGAUCGAUUGAUUACAGCAAGAAUCCGGAUCUCGAGGGGCUGACGACGCUCGAGGUGAUGGACGCGGUGAUCGCGGGCGCGAAGCAGCGCGGCAUACGCGUUAUACUCAGCAACUCUCGCGUGAGCCCCGCGCUUCCGCCCGACUACCCCGCGGACGCGGGGCUCUGGUUCGACCUUGGGAACCCGGAGCGCGUGUGGCUGGAUAACUGGAAUCUGCUGGCAUCGCGCUACUACGGCGAGCGCACCGUGGUCGGCGUCGAUCUGUUCAACGAGCCGCACCGCGACCCGUCGCACCCCGACGUCACGUGGGAGGCGGAUGGCGUGAACGAGCCGUACAACUGGCGCACCGCCGCCAAGAGGGCCGCGGACGUGGUGCAGAGAGUCAACCCCGACCUGCUCAUCUUCGUGCAGGGCAUGGACGGAGACGACUGCUGGUGGGGCUCGAACCUGCGGCCUGUCUAUUUCUACCCGCUCAAGCUCAACGUCCCCUACAAGCUGGUCUACUCCAUCCACGACUACGGCCCCAUGGUGAAGGACGGCCAGCCAUGGCUGUACGACCCCGCGUUCCCCGCGAACCUCGAGGGCUACUGGGACGAGCUGUGGGGCUACGUGGCGGACCAGGAGAUCGCGCCGGUGUGGAUUGGCGAGUGGGGGAGUGUGCUGCCCGUUGGGGGGACCGACGAGCUGAGCCAGAGGGAGAUGAAGUGGGUCAACGCGCUCAGACACUAUAUCAGGAAGAAGUCUCUGUCAUGGACGUGGUUCACGUGGGGCCCCAACUCCAAGGACACGGGCGGCGUGCUGACGGACGACUGGGACACGGUGGAGCAGGGCAAGAUGGAGGUGCUGGGGCCCGUCAUGCACCCGCUCUUCGGCCCCUCCGUUGGAGAGCGGCCCGCAGUGGCGCCGCGGCACGGGCUGCUGAUCGUGUACGCCCCAGAGAACGCCCCUGGGAUCACCAUGCCAGUUGCCGCAGAAAGGCCUGCAGUCACGCCACUGCAUUCUCCGGAAAAUGCCACUGGGAUCGCUGCUCCUGUUGCUCAAGCCAAGCAACGGCCAGUCUCAGAUUCAUACUUCAAAUCGAGCCCACCAUCCGUCAGGGCCUCAUGGCUUCCCCUUGCAACGGCAGCAAGUGCAUGCUUGUUACUGCUAGCAAUUAUCGCUUAGUACAGCUUGUGAACAAUGUAAGUCAGAUACAUCAUGGGUCGUCUGAAUUGUGUGGGGUUCUCUUAGCUUGUAUCAGUACCGUAAACGCCUGGAUAUAUGACCGUAGGGUAUUUUUUCGUACACUAGCUAAAAAAGGAGGUGAGUCUUG